CCGUCCACGAAAGACGAAGAACGGAAGGGGCUAAGGAAGGUAGACCUCGACCCUAGUCAUGCAGAACUAUGGACACGAAAACUACGAUUAUGGGUCUAUCGAGGGAACCUCGCAACAGGCAGGCGGUAGAUCGUUACCACAGGUACCAGGUGCUCGACCCAUGGUGGAUCCCGAGGCCCAAGGCGAGGUCGACCCUACCUUGUAUCCGCAACCAAAAGAGGCGACGCAUAAGAUUCGUGGCAAGAGCGACGUGAUCGAAUACCUGUUUGGUUCCGUCGAUCAGGAACUUCUCACUGUGAAAACCUUUUAUUUUUUCUUCUACUCGGCCUUUGGCUCCCUCUUUCCUUUGAUGGGAGUCUACUUCAAGCAGAUGGGCAUGAACGCCGGUCAAUGUGGUCUCUUGAUGGGACUUAGGCCUUUGGUCGAGUUCCUCAGCGCUCCUUUCUGGGGCUCGCUAGCCGACAGAUGGCAGAAAGGUAAGAUGAUGCUUCUAGCAUCUCUUUCCUGCUGGAUUAUCUUCACCCUUCCUCUGGCCUUCAUGCAACCACCGGCCACGUCCUGCGUGGUUUUACGCAACAACACCGUCUACUUGGAAUCCCCGAAUCCCAAAACUAGGAUAGUCAAGAGAUCGACCAAUUUCGAUGAAUUUUACCAUCGAGGCGACAACCAUUGCCUGGAAGUAGCCGCGAACGUCGUGUUCGAGAGGCUGCGUAAAAACGACGACACGAUAGACUCGCUGAACAGGUUGCUUUCGCAACCUAACAAGACUUCCUCGACGAGCAACGUCAGAAGGAACGAUCGAAACUCCAUCCAUAAGAAAACUGAGGAUCUGAAUAAUAAUAGGAUUCGAAGAGAAGCUUCGAUAGAGAGUACGAGCACCGAGGAGAGCCCUAUAGAAGAUCUCAAGUACAAACAGCUGGUGUUCGAAGAGAACGCGAACGAUCCUGAAGCCAAAACCAUCGAUUUCGAGACCCUCCAAAGGAGAAACCGUCCAGCCGACGUGCUCGAGUACAAACGUUUCCUUAAUAAUCAACCCCUGGACGAUGGAACACCGCCGAAGAAGGCGUACACUCACACGAAAACCAGAGCGAAACCUCCGCCGAUGAAAGUUAUGGUGAAGCGAGACACCAGUGACGAAAUAAUUAAAGAUAAUCAAAUUCUGUCCGAGUCUAGUCAACCAUGGUCCACCAUAAAGACUCCACGGAAGCUGACGUUAAUGGACGACGAAGAGAUGGAUAAGGACAAAGAUGAGGAGGCUGUUGACGUGCCACUGGUCAGGAGUAAACGUUACGUUUGGGUGCCACAUUCUGGAAAAAGUCCUCACUCGGUUUCUUAUGCUGCGAAUUACAACGAACAAGAAAAUAAGGGCUGGGUAAAGCCGCUCUUCAGCUCCAUUGUCUAUAGAUUGCCGGACAUUCAAAAAACCUUCUUCUUACUGUUACUGUUAGUAAUAGUUGGAGAAUUCUUCUCAGCUCCAGCGAUAACGUUGGCAGAUUCAGCUGUCAUUACUUUGUUAGGCGAGGAUGCCGACAGGUAUGGUCACCAGCGAAUGUUCGGUAGUUUAGGCUGGGGUCUAGCCAUGUUCUUCGUUGGUAUCGCUUUGGAUCACAGUACCGCCUUCUCUGAGCAUCCAUGCGGUCCUGACGCCAGGGAGAAGAAUUACACGAUCUGUUUCGCGAUCUUCAGCGUCCUGAUGGGCGCAGCAUUGAUCACUGCCACGCAAAUCAAUUUCAAGUACGAUGUGAUCGAAUCGGAACCGGAAGUGAUCAAACCACCUGCUGAACCAACCAGAGAAGAACAACUGCAGAGCCAACUGUCUCAACAGUUGAAUCUUCCUAGUCUUCAGGAUUCAUCGGCUGCAGUGAAUCCAAAGCCUCAACCUCCAGAGGGCAAAACAAAAAUGUUCGCUCAAACGAUGCGGGAAAUCCCAGAAUGGGUGACCGUGUUGAAGCAAUUCAAAGAUUUGAAGUGCGCCUCUUUCCUCUUCGUCGCCUGGUUCAUGGGUUUCGGUAUCGGCUUGAUCUUCACCUUCCUGUUCUGGCACCUCCAGGACUACGGUGGCACACCCACCUUGUUUGGCGUUGCUUCUGUGAUCAACCACGUCUCUGAGAUAUUCGCCUACUUCUUCAGCUUCAAGUUGAUCCGUCAGAUCGGUCACGUGAAGGUGUUGUGCAUGGGACUAGGUGGUAACGUGAUCCGUUUCCUCUACAUAUCCUGGCUGACGACACCAUGGUGGGUUCUACCUUUCGAAUUCAUUCAAGGAAUAACCCACGCCGCUGUGUGGGCCGCGUGUUGCAGUUACAUUUCGCACAACACACCAUCACACUUGCGCACCAGCGCCCAAGGGGUUCUUCAAGGUAUACAUCAUGGUCUUGGCAGGGGAUGCGGUGCAGUUAUCGGUGGCUUGUUCGUCGAUGCAUACGGAACGACCGCGACGUUCAGAGCGUACGGCCUGAUCUGCCUGGUGGUUCUGGGUGGUUUCGUGUUCAUCAACUUCUACAGGAAGGAUACGGGCUUCAUAUCGGACCUACCACCAACGGAGGAUCCGCAUCAGGUGGCUGAAGCGACGCAUUUGGCACCGCACGGAGUACCUAGCAACGCGAUUCCUCGUGCCCUCAGCUCUACUCGCCUGCACGAGCUGGGUAAUCAAGACUACCAGGCAAACACGAGGUACCAAAACAGGCUUCAACCUACUGACGGUCCUAACAUCGGUACAAAUGGAGGCGUGGUGAACCCAACGAAUCCAUUCCUGAACGGUGGAGGCGGCGGUGGAGGUGGCUAUAAUUACGGUAUGACUGGCAAAGGCGAGGACGAGUAUAUCCGUAGGAGCUUCCAGCUCUACAAUGAAGUGAUCAGCAGAGAAUUCGACCUGAUUAAACCACCGCCGAUAGUGACCCACCUACACGCUCAACAACCAUGCACCAACCCCUUCCAUCAACACGAUUACGAGUGGUAACAGUCCGGGAUGUUCGAUCCUACUUGAAGAGAUCAGGAUAACGGGAGAUGCUGAUCAGAUCACGGGAAACUGAUCUGAAGAACCAAGAAUCGAGCAGGACCAGACUCGAAGAGACGGAACAUUUUUUACUCGGUUACCAAAAAGCAAACCCUAGAAACUUCGCGGUACCCCGUCGAUCAAUCAUCAGACUGAAUCGAUGAAACGACGAUUCUAACGUGCCUGGAUCACUGAGAUGCUCUCACAAAUUACUCUCAACGCUUUGACGUCAGUUUCGUGACUUUGGUACGUGGAUUUUUUUUUAAAUGAUAAAUCUAUCGGUAGCCUCUGAUCGGGAAUGCGUGCAAUUGAUAAGGAUCGAUAUCGAUCGAGGGGGUAUCGAACGGUUUCUGUAUAAAACGGGGAGAUUGACGUCUAUGUCGCGUAGAGGAUCGAGUUUCUCGACGAGAAUAGGCGCGAAACGAAAUAAAUACCAUCCGAUCGAUGUAUUUUACUAGAAGUGAGAAUAGGAUGUACAGCGGGGAGAGCGGCGGUAUCUUUCGUGACUAUCAAUCUAUCUACAUAGUAUACCUGACACGUGUAGUAAGGCACAACACGAUCUGCGGGGUCGCUUCAACGAAAACAUUUAUCCUAUUUAAUGGACUUGCAUUUCACGGUGUCGUUUGGGCGUUUCUUUGUCGAUUAACGAAUAUGAACACGAUGAGAUUAAGAACAUAAAGAGGUCUGAGGAUGAGCUGAUAUUCGGUGUUUGCAAUGGAAGUCUGGAGGCCUGAAAACCUCAGGGAUUCUAAUACUGUUCUUAGCGUAGAAAUUGACGAAAGGGAUGAAACUCAAACGAUGCCAUGUGCCCUGAUGCAAGCAACUCGAUGUAUUAUUGUGUAUCUACGUGCGAUCGCGUGUUCUGCUUCUCUCGUUUCAUCGUGAUUCUGGGUCACACGUCUAUAUCCACUAUCCCUCUCGGCGUAAGAAUCGAAUUAGGCUGUCGACGGAGGUCGUCGACGAUAUCAUUGUAAAUACUUAUCUUCUAUUUCUCUCUCUCUAACUCGCGUGUGAAUAUUAGAAUUAAAAAAAAAGAAAAAAAAAAUAUGAAAGCCCUGUUCCUUGUUCUCGUUCACCGUUAUUUUCUGUUUCUAGGAUGAACGUUACUUGUUGCGUGUUAUAUCUGUAAAAUGUUUCACUUGUAACCGUGUAGUCUAUUCGAGUAUAGAGCUCGUCGAGGUACUCUCUUAUCGUUUAAAGCAACCACGUUUCUUGCGUGAGAUAGGUGUAUAAAUAUUGUUGAAACUGAGAGAUGAUGAUUAAAUCGGAUUCUUGAUCGAAAGCGGAAACGAGGAUACUCGCGAAGGGAACCUAACUCCUUGCACGCCUGACCGGAAAGGAAUCGAAGCUUUUGUUUUGAAGGAAACCGAGAGGAAAAAUAAGAAUAUACGAUUCGUGUUUAUUGGCGAAGAGUUUUCAAAUCUCCAAGUUUCCAAACAUCCAACUUUCCAAGCUUCCAAAUUUCGUAAAGAAAGGAAAUCCUUCUGAAUACCCUGGAUUCGAUUCGAUUCGGUUCGGUGGGUGAACUAAGCCUAAACGAAGCAGAAUCUCGUUUUCCGAGGCACAAGCUAGAUACUUUAACACCUUAUCGACGACUGACAUCCUUUAGUAUCAAACUGAAAUUACAAAAGAAAACGUCUCAUAUGAAUACUCGUCAACAGCCUCGUCGAUAGAGUGUUAAUCAGAGUUCAACCUAAAAGAAGAUAAGACAUAGGCGUCGUAUGCAACCGAGUGCUUUAGCUCAGUAUUGUUAUAUAAAAUACAACUAUAUAUAUAUAUAUAUUUAAUCGUAAGAGUGUGGGUCAGAAUGAAUUCGUGUCUAAGGGUGCGUUUCAACAACCACCCUGGAUUAGUUUUCGAGGACAUCUUCCACCGAAAUCGAGCAUAAACUUAGGGAAAUAUAACGAGCAUGAAACGAACAGAUAAUCAUAAUGAUCGGAAGAGAAUUUUCAUCGGAACCAGAUGGAAAUAAAAAGAGAUUCAACAAUGUACGCACUCAUACCCGCCUUGACCAUAAAAUCAUUAGCCGUCGAUAUUAACCGAUAUUGUUCUGAAAGCUUCUAGUGUUCACGUUUUCUCGUGUCCCUAUUAAUUAUUGUAGAAAACUACUUUCAACAGAGAAAUGAUGUUUCAACUACAAUUACUCAAAAGUCUUCCCUAACAUUUACACGAAACCGCAUAAUUUUUCGAAAA